ACUUUUUCAGGGAUGUAGUCUUCUGUCGAUGCAUGCACGACUUGAGCUAGUUCAAGCCCUGACUCCUGAGGCUGCACGCUUCUGGUCCCAGGCGCUCCGUGCUGCUGCUUUCAGUAAAUGCGCAGGUGAACAGUCCUUUGUAAGUCGUUUCUCUCGAUUACUACAUUACGUGUUUGAUGUUAAACAAUUCAGUUCAGAAUCCAAUUCAGGUUAAUGACAAUAGUGAAGAUGUUGCACGGCGCAAGCUGACCUGAGGCAUCACCUUGAAGCCCAAGAAGAAAUUCAUUCUAGGUUUGAGAGGAAAUACGGAAUAAAGACUUGAUCAAUAAAGAACUUGAACAAAGUCGGCUAUUAAUGGUGCACCAUGGUGAGCACCAUCAUCAACCCAGCAGUCGCUUGGUGAAAGCAUCAUCCUGAGAAAUAAAGAUGAGAGCGCCAACAUUUGGACUUCUGUGGAGCUGUCUCGGCUUUCUUCACGGCGUUCAGUGCGGUUUAGGAGACAACCAUGUGCAUUCGAGCUUUAUUUACAGGCGGUUGCGUAACCACGAGCGGCGAGAGAUCCAGAGAGAAAUCCUCUCCAUCCUAGGCUUGCCUCACCGUCCCAGGCCCUUCUCCCCGGGUAAGCAAGCGUCGUCGGCACCGCUCUUCAUGCUGGACCUGCACAACGCGAUGACGACCGAGGAAGAGGACGCGACACUGGGGAGGACGCUCUCUGGGAAAGCGCGUAAAGGCGCCUCUGUGGUUCCACAUGGAUACUCGAGCGCGCCGCAGCAGGCAUACCGCGCGGCGCCCUUGACCAGUCAGAGCCCGCCUUUGGCCACCGCGCAAGACACCAACUUUCUCAAUGACGCGGAUAUGGUGAUGAGCUUUGUCAAUCUGGUCGAGCGGGACAAGGAUUUCUCCCAUCACAGACGACACUACAGGGAGUUUCGUUUCGACCUGACUCAGAUUCCGGAAGGUGAGGCAGUGACCGCCGCCGAGUUCAGGAUUUAUAAGGAUCACAGUCACGUCAGAUAUGAGAACAUCACACUCAAGGUCACCAUAUACCAAGUCAUCAAAGAAUAUCCAAACAGGGAUGCUGAAACAUUUCUCCUGGACUCCAAAAAGAUCCGCGCUACUGAUGGGGGGUGGCUGGUGUUUGACAUCACGGCCACCAGUAAUCACUGGGUCCUGAACCCGCAGCAGAACAUGGGCCUGCAGCUCUGCGUGGAGACCACUGACGGUAGAAGCAUCAACAUGAAAUCUGCUGGCAUCAUCGGAAGGAACGGACCUCAGUCCAAACAGCCAUUCCUGGUUGCUUUUUUCAAAGCAAGUGAGGUUCUGCUCCGUUCUGUAAGAGCCACAGGAAGCAAGAGGAAGAGCCACAACAGAAACAAAAGCAGAACACAACAGAAAUCUUCGCCAGCUCUCAAAAGUGGAGAUCAGAACACCAGUGAACAGAGACAAGCCUGCAAGAAGCAUGAACUUUACGUGAGCUUCCGUGACUUAGGAUGGCAGGAUUGGAUUAUUGCUCCAGAGGGCUAUGCAGCCUUUUAUUGUGAUGGAGAAUGUUCAUUUCCACUCAAUGCACAUAUGAAUGCGACAAACCAUGCGAUUGUGCAGACCUUGGUCCAUCUGAUGUUUCCUGAUAAUGUGCCAAAGCCUUGCUGUGCACCGACCAAACUGAAUGCCAUAUCGGUGCUGUAUUUUGAUGACAGCUCAAAUGUAAUUCUGAAGAAGUACAGGAAUAUGGUGGUGAGGUCCUGUGGAUGUCAUUGAGGACACUGAGGAGCUUCUGUGUCAUAUUGCUGGAAUAACAUAUCAAAAGAAAUAGUUUUUGACAUUUGAUGUACAGUAUUAUGUAUAUAUUAGCUCACAAUUCCUCUUAUUUAUUUGGCUUUGUUUUGUAAUAACGUUUUUUUGUUUUUUUAUAUGAGAGAUGUAGAUGAGUUACCACUCUUUACCACAGAUCCAUAGCUGAUUGCUCUUUCUCUGGGAAUAUGUUAAUGAGUUAGGCCAGUUAGAGAGAGUUUUACAGGAUCAAGUAUAAUUUCCUUUCUUUAGAUUACAUGCCAAGUUCAUAAGCAACCACUCCAAAACAGAACUGCUGUUAUUUUACAAAAGAAAUGUAAAUGGCUUAAACUCUUAAGUCACCUAAUCACAUUUUUUUUUUAUGUGGGGAAAAACAGCCAUAUUGGAUUUUGCAAGCAAUUAAACAAACAAAUGUUUUUCUUUGUUAACUAAAAUUAUCGUAGUGUUGUUGUAAAAGCACUGAGUAUGUCCUAGGACUAUACAGUACAUAUUUCCUCAAAUAGCCCAAAGUAUUGCAGCCCACACAUACUGUUUCAUAUUAGUUUGCUUUAGAUAUCAGUGGGUGGAUAUGCAAAAUAUAUAUAUUUUUUUUCUUCGAGCAAAUAUUCUUCUUCCUUAUAUACACUUGUAUUAGUAC